GAGGAAGAGCGCACUGCGCUAACAGGAGCUGAGCGGUUGGGGAUCUGCUCCCGAGGACCAGGGAGGAGGCGGCGGAGGCUCCUGGUUUGGAAGUAGGGGUUUCACUCCAAGUCUCAGCUCCAGUCCAGAGCUCAGGGUGUAGACACAGCAGCUGCUGAUCGGGUUCUGUGCAAUUUGAUGUCGGGAGUCAGUCUGAGUGAAGGUGAAGGUGAAGGUGAAGUUGGGACCUCUCUCUCUGCCUUCAGAGGCAGCGCUGGGAUCAGCUUCAGUUUCCAGUCACACGGUGCAAAGGGAAUUUGCUCAGAGAUAAAAGCUGCCAAGAGGUUAGACCUUUGGUGGAAGAGCUACACCUGUUUUGUCAGACGUUUUGCACCCUUUAAAGUGGGUACAUACUGUAUGGCGACCUCGAAAAGCGUUUAGAAACUGGUUAUGGAAAGCUAAGCAACGUCUGUCCAAAUAGUGGUAAGAUAACUUGUCUUUCAUACUUGGGAUGAGUUGAUCGCAAGUUGUCAGCAAUGAUCUGUGGCAAACUGUGGAUGGUAAUAAGACGCGUUGCUUAAUAGGAACCUGCUGACGGGUCAAGAAGGAUUUCAGAAGACAAUCUCCAGUUUGCGGAGAAACCACAAUGACUACAGCGAAGGCUACGGUUCUUUUUCUCUUCUUCCAAGUCGUUUGCGGGACAUCAAAAGUUCAGUGGGAAUGGACGUCCUGGUUCAAUAUAGACCAUCCCGGUGGUAGUGGAGACUAUGAACGGCUCGAGGGAAUCCGACAUUAUUAUCGGGAAAGAGUGUGUCGGAGACCGGCUGAACUUGAGGCACGGACUGCAGACUGGAUGCCGGCCGCCAACACCAGAGAGGUGGUGCACUCUGACCCACAGCAUGGCUUCUGGUGCAUCAAUAAGGAGCAGCGUCCUGGUAAACUGUGCUCCAAUUACGCUGUUCGAUUCAAAUGCCCAAAAGGGGCCACAUCCACUGUGGCACGGAGCUAUUGGUCCCAUUGGUCUGAAUGGAGCUCAUGCCCAGCGACCUGUAACCAGACUGGAGUUCAGAACCGACGAAGGACAUGCUCUACUCAGGGUCGCAGAUGGGAGCAGAAGUGUCUUGGACCUGUGGAGGAGGGCAGGAUGUGCAAAGGAACAGUCUGUGCAGUUCCUCUACCCCCUAUUGCUUUGCCGACCCCCAAGCCAUUCAACAAUCCUGUCGUCACCAGCUGGGUUGAGAAACCUUAUGUCAAACAACCAUACGGAUGUGAGUUGAGAUGCCCCAUGGGUCAUGCCAAUGCGCAGUGCGAUGCGUGUAUGUGCGAGGACUAUCUCCUCUAUGGGACGGUUCACCUGCAAGAUGGGGCUCCAGCCUCCAGAGCAACCAUCUACCUCCAGGGCAACACGGAUAAGUUCCUCAUGACCUGUGAUGACAAGGGGAAGUUUCGGAUCCCAGGGCUCUGUCCUGACGGCAGGACAACCAUCAAGAUCAAGAAGGAAAAGUACAGGACAGAGAUUGUCACGCUCAGUCGCAGUGACAACAAAAUCUUCACCAUAGAAGUGAAACUCAAGAGAGCAGACAAGCCGUACAUCACCAAACACCCUGUGAGCAAAGCCAGGCGUGAAGGGGAGAGCGUAACCUUCUGCUGCAAGGUUCAGAGUGACCCUCCACCACACAAGUACUUGUGGUAUCACAAUAGCUCCUUGCUGGACUCCAAGAAAUAUAGAUAUGACAGUAUGCUGGUGUUGAGGCAACUGCAGAUGAGACACACAGGGCAGUAUUACUGCAAAGCUAGCAACAGUGCUGGCUCUAUCAAGUCCUGGCCUGCGAGUCUUACUAUAAUAGCACAAGAUUCACCGUCCUGUAAUCCCAAACCCGAGAGCUACUUAAUUCGCCUUCCUUACGAUUGCUACCAGAACCAGUCCCGCUCCUUUUACUAUGACGUGGGCAGAUGCCCUGUGACCACGUGUGCCGGAGAGAGAGACCAGGGCCUGCAAUGCAAAGAUACCACUGCUUACUGCUGUGGGGCGGUGGAACUGGAAGAGAGGACAGUGGCAUGCAGUGGGCACGUGCUUCCCAUCAAGGCCGUCAGCAGGUGUGGGUGUCAGAGGUGCGUUGAAACCAAGGCAGUUGUCCGGGGUAGGGCAUUGGCAGCUGAUAACGGGGAGCCCAUGAGGUUCGGGUAUCUCUUCAUGGAUGGGAAAAGGAUUAGCAUGACUGGAUACAAGGGCACGUUCUCCAUCCAGGUUCCCAUGGAUAUUGAUCGGCUGGUGCUGACCUUUGUGGAUCGCUACCAGAAGUUUGUCAACACGACCAAAGUUCUGCCGUUCAACAAAAAAGGAGGUGCAGUCUUUCACGAGAUUAAACUCCUAAGGAAGCAACCUGCGGUCACCUUGGAUUGUACCAUCAGCAACACCAUCUCUCUGGGGGGCACAGAAAGGCAGGACCCCGUAGCCGAGUUGGAAAUCCCUCCCAACUCCUUCUACAGACAGAAUGGAGACAUCUACGUGGCAAAAGUGCAGGCCAGCGUGACCUUCUUAGAUCCCAGGGACAUCUCGUUGGCUUCGGCAGCCCAGAGCGACCUGAACUUCAUCGAUGAGGAAGGAGCCGCUCUCCCACUCAGGAGCUAUGGCAUGUUUUCUGUGGAUUUUACUGAUGAGUCCGCGACCGAGAGUCUCAAUGCCGGGCAGGUCAAGGUCUUCCUGGACUCGGCUCAGGUCAAGAUGCCUCAGCACUUGAAGAGGAUGAAGCUGUGGUCCCUCAACCCCAAGACGGGCUACUGGGACGAGGAAGGAGACUUCACCUUUGUCAGCCAGCGGCGGGGCAAGCGAGAGGAGAGGACCUUCCUGGUCGGCAAUAUGGAGAUCCGAGAGAGGAGGCUGUUCAACUUGGACGUCCCCGAGAGCAGGAGAUGCUAUCUGAAGGCCAGAGCGUUUCGAGGCGAUCGCUUUAUGCCAAGCGAGCAAGUUGAGGGAGUCGUGGUGACACUCAUCAACAUGGAGCCCAUGGCCGGCUCCUCCUCCAACCCCAGGGCCUGGGGCCGCUUUGACAGUGUCAUCACUGGCUCCAACGGGGCCUGUGUGCCCGCCUUCUGUGAUGAUCAGCGGGUGGAUGCUUAUUCGGCCUAUGUGAAGGCCACGCUGGGAGGAGAGGAACUCGAGGCCGUGGAGUCCUUCCCCAAGAUGAACCCCUACUCCAUUGGCGUGCCUCAGCCCUACCUGAACAAGCUGCACUACAGACGCUCGGAUCACGAAGAUCCCAAGGUAAAGAAGACGGCCUUUAAGAUCAAUGUGGCCAAACCCAGGGCGAAUAUGCCCGAGGAGACGAACGGCCCCAUCUACCCUUACGAGAAGUUGAAAGAAUGUGAAGAAGCGCUCUUCAGCGCUGCCCACUUCCGAUUCUACAGAGUCGAGGGAGACGGGUAUGACUAUAACACCGUACCCUUCAAUGAGGAUGACCCGAUGAGCUGGACGGAGGACUACCUCGCCUGGUGGCCAAAACCGUUGGAGUUCCGAGCUUGCUAUUUGAAGGUCAAACUUGUCGGGCCGAAGGAGAUCACGGUGAGAUCCCGCAACAUGGGGGGCACACACCCCAGGACAGUGGGCAGGCUUUACGGCAUCCGUGAUGUGCGCAGUGCCAGGGAUAUGGACCGUCAUGGCGUCUCCACGGUCUGCUUGGAGUUCAAAUGCAGCGGCGUUCUCUACGACCAAGAACGGGUCGACCGGACCUUGGUGAAGAUCAUCCCUCAGGCCAGUUGCCGCAGGGAAAACGUUAAUAACAUGCUCCAAGAAUACCUGGUCAACCAUCUCCCGCUGGCCGUCAACAAUAACACCAAUGAGUUCACCAUGUUGGCCCCUCUGGAUCCUCUGGGUCACAACUAUGGCAUCUACACGGUGACCGAUCAGGACCCAAGAACAGCCAAGGAGAUUGCGCUGGGCAGGUGCUUCGAUGGGAGUUCCGACACCACUUCCAGGGUCAUGAGAUCCAGCCUAGGCGUGGCCAUGACCUUCAACUGCGAGGAGAGGCAGCUCGGUCAGCGGAGCGCAUUCCAGACCAUGCGGAACCCUCCUGGUCAGUCCAUCGUGAGUCCCUUUAAGGUGGGGCGAGGGAGAAGAGAUAGGCAACAAAGGCACAAUCUAUUGUAUAAUAGAUUCAGAAUGCAGCGAGUGCAGCUGAAAGGGUAACAGAAGAGACGUGCAGGUGAAACAUUCAGUUGGUUUCAGAUAUUGCUUUAGCCAGUAUUAGCACUGCCCUCCAACAGUGGUGCGAAAAGAAAAUGCAAUUCUGUCCAACCACUGAGCUUCCAUGUCUCAUGUCAUUCUAUUCUACUUGAAACGUGUAAAUAGGAAUAAUAUUUAUGUCCUUCAGCGUUUGAAACCAGAGCUUUGGAGUUUGGCACCAUCUCUUGGAGAUAUACAGGCACUGAGCCUCUCUCCCUUUCAAAUGAUAUUCCAUCCUGCAGAGUUGUAUUGAACCUGAUAUUAAAACAUCCCUUAUGUACAAUGUGUAGCUUAAUUGCUCCUUGAACCGAUGUGCUUUUGAAGAUUGUGUAUUUAGGUCAAUCAGUAUGUAGUGUCAAGAAGGUACGCUUUGUAAAGAAUCCACAAAUCGUUUGAAUUUUUGGUCAUUAUAACAUUUUGUACUAUUAAUGUAAACAGUGAAGCUUCUGUCAUUAUGUUACAUUAUGUUUUUUUUCCCCCUUUUUCUUUCAAAUAACAAUAAA